ACAGAGCUGUAUGUAUACCGGAAAACUGCUUGCAUUCUGAAUCUGAACCCUGCUCUUCUCUCGCACGCCUUCGAAAACCCGAACGCGCCAGUCGUGGAGCUUCACCUAAGCGUACUGUCUGACCGGUUCCGAUGGACAGGGGCAAUCAGAACUUCCUAGCACCAUGCUCAACCAGAGCAGUCUUGUCCCAUCAAUCUCAGAAGAACAGAAGACAAGGUACUCUAGUUUAAUCCAGCAUCAAGUGCAGCCCUAUUUUCCGAGAUUCGUCAAGUCUCUGGUCGGUCAAUCUUUAGGAGAGCAGGAGCACGGAAGAUGCGCUGCUAUAGACUUCACAAACCCUCAGAGUCGUCAAAUAACGUCCUUCACCACCGCCACAAAGUUGGAAUCCUACCUUACAAACUCACCACCUCUGCCGCUCACAGCGGCCGAUGGAACACCGGCCCGUCGCAGACUUUUCAUCUUGGAAGACCUACCGCGUAACCACAUACUAGCAUUGGGUAGCCACCUACGGAUACCACCAAGCUUCUUCGCAGGUCAUUGGAACGACCCUUGCUCAUUAACUUUCAUUUAUCGAAACCCGUUUCGGAGAUGUACGCUACCACACUUCCGUUUGCGCUACGCGACGUCGAACAGAGUCGAAGUGGAUGCUCCGUCAGGUCACAUCGAUCCUGCACCUGGAACCCAAGUUAGAUGCUUGGAAACUGGAGUGUCUUAUCCACUUCGAACAGCGUUGGUCAACGAACCAUCCAUGCCAAAACGAUUCCUCUAUCUCGAGAUAGAGAUGCGGCAGGAGCUGCCGGAAGACUACUCGCAAUGGGCAGCAUGGACUGCAACGGCAGGGUACAGCUCGAUGUUCGAUGACACAAUGCAUGCAUUUCAGCAGGUUGAUUCCAAUGUGGUCAUGACCUUUGAUCCGCUGAGCGCUACCGACUUCUCCCGCAAACUGGUCAUAUCAAUAUCUAUAGCAUAUCUUCGACGUCGUUAUCUGAAUCUCCUCGACAUUCAAAAAAGCGAUACCGUGCCGCAGAUCAUGCGCCAAGACUAUCUUGCUAGCUUCUCCAAGAACAGCUACUCGAGCUGGAGCAGUGAGUUCUUUGACUUCAUUGUCGGCUCUCAAGCGGCUGUCAAGGUUUUUGCCCGCGAGAUGGAAGACAACAUCAUAGCGCUUGGCCUCAAUUCCUUUGAACGAUCGCGACCGCAGUGGGAAAGGAAUGGCUGGCAAACAAUCAAGAAAUUGACUGCCGUCGUUGCAGAAACAAUCGAUGCUUUCGCAAACAGCUAUCUACGCAUCAAGUGGAAAUGCGCAAAGCCUCUCCCGCACCACAGUGCUGACAAUGCUGUUCAUUCCUUUGUCUACAGUGGCAAGUAUCUUCUCCACGAGUGGGAAUUUCUUACCAGAUCAGGCAGAAUCGUGGGUGUUCUGGCUUGUUGCAAUCCCGUUGUUAGCAGCAAUUGCGUAUCUGUACUGGUAUCGGGUGCUUCACAGGACAUAGCAGCGGAAAACGCGAAAUUUGCUACUACCUCUGUUCAGUAG